GCCUGCCUCCCCUUCAUUCACUAGACCGCAGUCAGACUGACUGCCUUGCCUUCUCUUGGUCCCACCGUGCGCUCCCCUUCCCUAGGUCACUUCCAAGAGUCUUUCUGCAGAAGACUUGUCCUUGAUCACAAACCACCACUCCCUCCUGUCCUCUCUAUCACUGCCUUUCAUUUCCUUUGUAGCAAGUGUCAAAACCACGCAGUGACCUUGUUUGGGCUUAUCUGUUAGUUCUCUUGACAACCCAGUCACAGUUUGAACAUGAACUUGAGGGAGACCAGGACCCCAUGCUGUAUUCAUCCCGUAUUCUUACCCUCCAACAGCAUCUGCACACACAAGGGACUCGGUAAAUAGCUGUGAGUGAGAAAAUAAACACAUUGGAGGAAAUUCUUCUCCAUCCAUGGCAUUCAUUCCCAAAGACAAGAGAACCCUGCUUUUACCUGAAGAAAAACAAAAAAUCAUUCCUGUCUGAAAACCCAAGGAAAUCACCAGGUUUGGAAAUCAAAGACAAAGAACGUACAGGCAAGUUCUACUUUUCGUGUACAGAAAACUUCAGCUCCAUGGAAGAAAGGGAAAUAGUUAUUUUAUUGAGAGGCGAGUAAAAGAUUGGGUGGGGGUGGGGGACACGCAAAAUUGAGAAAACAACAGGAAAUGGGAAGCACGAGGCAGAAGACCACGUCUGUGUUUCAAAAAGGUUUUCCCUACACCUGGAUGAAGGUGUUGCCGUGGCUGCUGCCGGCCCUGAUGGUAUUUGACGAGGAAAGCUGCCUUUCACACACAAGGGCUGGCAUCAGCUCAAUUAGCAGGCCAGCCUGGUUGCUGCUCUUGGACUCUUGUCUAAACAGGACCUGGCCUUCAGGCAACCACAGGGGCGGGGGUGUCUGUGGCUGGCAGCCCAAUCCUGCCAGACCAAUGACGGGGGGAGGACCCUGCUCCUUCUUAAGCUCCAGCCAGUCAAGCCAGGGCUAGAAAGCCAGACAGACAGCCGCCCCUUGAAGUCUCCACCUGUCCUUACAAAUCUGGGGAGAGGAGCCCAGCCCACAGUUAGUGCUUGGGAGCAGAGACCAGCCUGGCCACCUCUGCCACAUCACCCAAGACCUGCCAGCAUGGCCAACCAGCUGACUGAGGAGCAAAUCGCUGAGUUCAAGGAGGCCUUCUCUCUGUUUGACAAGGAUGGGGAUGGCUGCAUCACCACCCAGGAACUGGGCACAGUCAUGCGGUCCCUGGGUCAGAACCCCACGGAGGCUGAGCUCCAGGGCAUGGUGAAUGAAACUGACAAGGAUGGAAAUGGCACCGUGGACUUCCCCGAGUUUCUGAGCAUGAUGUCCAGGAAGAUGAAAGACACUGACAGCGAGGAGGAGAUCCGGGAGGCCUUCCGAGUGUUCGACAAGGAUGGCAAUGGCUAUGUCAGCGCUGCUGAGCUGAGGCACGUGAUGACCAGGCUCGGGGAGAAGCUGAGUGAUGAGGAGGUGGAGGAAAUGAUACGGGCAGCAGAUAUAGACGGUGAUGGGCAAGUGAACUAUGAGGAGUUUGUCCACAUGCUGGUGUCCAAGUGAAGCUGCACCAGAGGCUGCUCUAGCCAGGUGCCCAUGAGGCUCCUGGGCUGCAAGCUUUGCUGGACAAAGGCUACCCUCACUGUGGUGAGAAUCCUACCCAGGCCUUGGAUGUCUUUCUCUGUUUCUCAGCUUCCUCUGGGCUCUGCUGUGUCUCAGGCAAAGUGGACUGUAGCCACUUUCACUUUCUGCCUCUCUUUUCCUGCCAGCUUCCCACCUGCUCCCACCCCCUUGACAGAGAUCGCCUCAGGCUGAGACGCGCAUCAACUCCUCCCAGGCCUCAAGAGCUGAAGCAGAAUGUCCCAUCUCUGCACGGACAAUGAGCCAAGGACCCAUGCUCCCAUUUGUUUGUUUCUUCCUUUUUUUGUUUUUGUUUUCUGUUUCCAACAGAAAUGAUCAUUAACUCCAUGGUUUAAACCAGGCUGGAAUCUCUAUUUGUGUGUGUGUGUGUGUGUGUGUGUGUGUGUAUGUGUGUGUCAAAAAUGAAGAGGUCUUCUUAACCUAGUAAUACCUCAGAACCUCCUGGGUAGGGUCCUACCAGGCACCCAAUGCUUGGCAUCAAGGUGGCCUGUAGCCAUCAGUCCACACCAUAGUUCCUGGAGCACCUUAGAGCAAAGAAAAGACUUCAUCAGCUGUUGGACUGGGAAGAUGUCAUCUGGACAUUGGAAUGAAGGGCAGUGAUAGAGACUUCAAUGACUGAGG